CUUCAACUUUGCAUCUCCUUACUAAGACAGUUGCAUAGAAAACGUAGGAGGCUGGGGACUUUUACAGGACGAGGAGCUCCGAGGAAGGCAAGAGGCAGCAAGCAGGCCUGUGUCCUGUAACUACUGCUCCCGGGCCUCUGUGUUUGGAGCGAGAGCAGAGCAGCACCGUCAAGAUCUGUUUACGUCCACCCUCCCACUCCCCAGGGCUGUGGGUUCCUCAAAGGCUGGCGCUGCGGCUGAUUCCCUGGGACAGCUCCAGGGCCCAGGAGAGUGCCUGGCACCGGGCAGAUGCUCACACACAUCGGCUGGAUGAAUGAAAGUCGUCCAGCAUGCUCUGCCCACCCCCAGGCGAGGCGCACUGACCAUGAGCCUCAACUCCUCCCUCGGCCACAGGAAGGAGCUGAGCAACCUCACUGAGCAGGAGGCCGGUGAAGGGGGCGUCAUUGUCACUGAGUUCAUCGCCAUCAUCAUCAUCACCAUUUUCGUGUGCCUGGGCAACCUGGUCAUUGUGGUCACCUUGUACAAGAAAUCCUACCUCCUCACCCUGAGCAACAAGUUCGUCUUCAGCCUGACCCUGUCCAACUUCCUGCUGUCCGUGCUGGUGCUACCCUUUGUGGUGACCAGCUCCAUCAGAAGGGAAUGGAUCUUCGGUGUGGUCUGGUGCAACUUCUCCGCCCUCCUCUACCUGCUCAUCAGCUCGGCCAGCAUGCUCACCCUCGGGGUCAUUGCCAUCGACCGCUACUAUGCUGUCCUGUACCCCAUGGUGUACCCCAUGAAGAUCACGGGGAACCGAGCGGUGAUGGUGCUUGUCUACAUCUGGCUGCACUCCCUCAUCGGCUGUCUGCCACCCCUGUUUGGCUGGUCGUCGGUGGAGUUUGACGAGUUCAAGUGGAUGUGUGUGGCUGCCUGGCACCGGGAGCCUGGCUACACCGCCUUCUGGCAGAUCUGGUGUGCCCUUUUCCCCUUCCUGGUCAUGCUCGUGUGCUAUGGCUUCAUCUUCCGCGUGGCCAGGGUCAAAGCUCGCAAGGUGCACUGUGGCGCUGUGGUCAUCGGGGAGGAGGAAGCCCAGCGGACUGGGAGGAAGAACUCCAGCACCUCCACCUCGUCUUCGGGCAGCAGGAGGAACGCGUUUCAGGGCGUGGUCUACUCAGCCAACCAGUGCAAAGCCCUUAUCACCAUCCUGGUGGUCAUUGGGGCCUUCAUGGUCACCUGGGGCCCCUACAUGGUUGUCAUCACCUCUGAGGCCCUCUGGGGGAAGAACUACGUGUCCCCAACCCUGGAGACCUGGGCUACGUGGCUGUCCUUUACCAGCGCCAUCUGCCACCCCCUGAUCUACGGGUUCUGGAACAAGACGGUUCGCAAGGAGCUACUGGGCAUGUGCUUUGGGGAUCGGUACUACCGGGAGCCGUUCAUGCAACGGCAGAGGACUUCGAGGCUCUUCAGCAUCUCCAACAGGAUUACAGACCUGGGCCUGUCCCCACACCUCACGGCGCUCAUGGCAGGCGGACAGCCCUUGGGGAACAGCAGCAGCACUGGGGACACCGGCUUCAGCUGCUCUCAGGACUCAGGAACGGAUGUGAUGCUGCUGGAAGACUACACGUCCGAUGACAACGCCCCCUCCCACUGUACUUGUCCACCCAAGAGACGGAGCUCGGUGACAUUCGAGGAUGAAGUGGAGCAAAUGAAAGAAGCUGCCAAGAACCCUAUCCUUCACGUGAAAGCCGAAGUGCACAAGUCCUUGGACAGUUACGCAGCCAGCUUGGCCAAAGCCAUAGAGGCUGAGGCCAAAAUCAACUUAUUUGGGGAGGAGGCUCUUCCAGGGGUCCUGUUGACAGCGCGGUCUGUCCCGGGGACUGGCUUUGGGGGCCGCCGAGGCAGCCGGACAUUGGCGAGCCAGAGGCUGCAGCUGCAGAGCAUCGAGGAAGGGAACAUCUUAGCUGCUGAACAGAGAUGAGGGCCUCUGGGGAUGUCCGUGGAAGGAUGCCUAUGAUGGGCUGUGCCGGGACCCUGGGAGCAUGGAAGAAACAUCUGGUGUGCAGCCGCCAGAGAAAACACUGAAAACAAUGUCUAUAUCCAGUGACUUCAGUGUCGGUGGUGAGGCAACAUGUGGGCUUCGAAGUCCAGUGAUGGGACCAGAGGCGUCUAAAGCACAACAAAAAGCAGAUGGAAGUGUGGCUGUGACUUUGUGGGAGGUGGGCACAGCAGGGACUGGAGUCCAGGCCUUGAAAGGAAACCACAUUGUGGGUUGUUCCCUCUUCUUCACGACCUAUAUCCAGGGGUCCAGCCACUUGUGGUCCAGACGCCCCAGAAGGGGGGCCCAGUACAUUUGAGGACAGCACGUCUUGAGAAGCAAGAUCACCCAGGGCUUCUACAUGGUGACACAGGCAGUUUGCUGCCAGCAGUUCUACACUAACCUGUCCCGCAAGGUGCAGAGACCCUGCAUCUAGUCCCACACCUCCAAUAUUGACUGUGACCUUGUCCUCAGGGCCUCUGCCCUGCCAGUCCUGGGAAGGGCAGCUCACAGGCAAAAGGGCAGAGGUCCAGGCAGGAUCUGCUAUUACUGAGGAUGGGGACCCACCUCAACCACCUCCCUACUGACUGAUUCUUUGGUACUUCAAAGGAAGGGAGAAACCACUAUAAAAGAUAGAAGAAUGAAGCAGGUACCAGAUGCUUCACUUCCAGAAUUUAAAAAUAUCUUUUGGGUUAGGACACCACGAUCUUACCGGGCCUGAAGGUGUUGCCACACAGCUGGGAAAUGGAGAGCUGUUGUAGGAGGGAUGCCCUUACCAUAAGAAAAUCUCGCUGGAGAGAUUCUAUUUGUGAUUUCUGAAGGACCAGUUAGAAUUGCUGGUCUUCAGUUUUGCAGGGAAUAUGCCCAAAUGCAACAGUUACUAUUUAUUCCAACCCAGGGGAGGCAUAAUAAGCAAUUGGAAGUGCCCAGGACCCAUUGUCAGUGGCUUGGGUCUGGGCCCAGCUCCACCUCUUUUUCAUUUGGGACAUAUGGCACCUCUCUGGACCAGCUAGACAGGGAAUUGAGUGGUCUCCAAGACCAUGCCCAACUCUCAUCUUUAAUGGUCUUUGAAUGUGCUAGAGGCAGGGGAAAAAAGGGGCCCCACAGGCCAAACUUUAUGUGGCCUUGAAUGUGGUUUGUGAUGAGCACUGGAAGCACUGUAGGCCCAGGUGUGUGGGCCUCUGAGGGGUAUUUCGAGUCCAAUCCUGAUCGAAUGUCAACCCGCAAGGCACAUAGAGGAAUGUAGGAGCAAGCCCUUUGUGUGGGGACUACAGAUGAAAUGUGGGUUGGGAGGACUGGCUGUGGUGACUUGCAAAGCCACUGGGUCACCUGUGUCUGCCCAUUAACCUGAUUAAAUAAAUUAAGCACAGGAUGUAGCCUGCCUUCAAGAAUUUCUGGUGGUCUGCAGACAGUAGACUGAAGAGAUUCAGGAGUGACCACUCUGAGUUGGCAGCUCCUCCGGAUAGUCAUUCCCUUUGUGGUAUUUCUUUUGGGUCUCACCAGCUUUGUGUGGGGACCAAAGGUUGGCUGGCCCCCUGGUCUGCAAUUUGUAAGACUUAAUAAGGCCCAGGGCUUGCUACCUUCAUUGUGAUGGAACAACUCCUCGCCAACUAAUCCGGGUCUGCCAGCUGCAGACCUAAGUUCUAGACUGGAGUGGAAAGGAGCAGAUGACUUUUCCAGGUGCAGAAGGCAAUUUCCCCAUGUGAUUUGCUAAGAUGUGUAGGGGGACAGGUUCUGCUCUCACUACUGAGCGGUAUUCCUAAACCUGAGGGCAUUUUGUUUUUUCUGUGUGUGUGUAUGUGUGUGUAUAUAUGUGUGUGUGUGUGUGUGUGUGUGUGUGUGUGUGUGUGUGUGUAUAUGUGUAUGUGUAUGUGUAUAUAUAUACACAUACACAUACACAUAUAUUUCUAGCACUUAUCUAGUUUCUAAAGAAACCACAAUCCUGAUCAGCAGAGGUAGGGCAGGGCAGAGACCUUUGCCUCUGGGCUGGAACACUCUGGGAUGGCGUCUGUUAGGCCUUUAAAGUGCAGCAAAUUGGCCUGAAAUCUGGGGUUGGAGAGCACUUCCCCUGGCCUGCCCUCUGCUGGGCUUUGGGAAAGAGUCCUGAGCCCUGGUUCCCUCUGUCAAGCCCUGAAGUACUAGCAUUUACUCUGAGCUAAUCUGGAAAUACUGCACUUCCCGAGAGGAUUCGCCACUUCCCUUUCUUCCACUGGCUCGAUUGGUUUGUUCAUCCACCAGACACUGUGCAUCUGGAGUGUCACUCUACUUUAGGGAGAGACCGAAGGGAUACUGAGGCUCAUAAAUAACAAAGUCAAGUAAUGGUUAGAGAAAGAGCUCAGAGUUCCAGGAGACAAGUAUUUCCAACUAAGGGGUUAGUGCUCCAUGAAGAGGGACUGUUUGAGCAAGCCUUGGUGGAUGUCUGGCAGCUAGAACCAAAUUCUGCAUAUUUCAGAAAUUCAAAUUUGUCUCAGUUCAGCUGAGACAGAAAGGGGAAGGAGGUGGGGAGGAAGAGGGAAGGGAGUAAGCAGAGCAAGAACCAGCAGAUGGGUGGGGCGAGGAAGAGAUGGUCUCACACAUUUCUGAAAUUUUGAGGCCAUCUGCCCUCCCUGCAGGUCAAAACCUCAACUGGCCCCAAUAAACCAUAGGUUCCUAGCUUUAUGCCGCCAUGCGGUGGCAGUCCAAGGCCCUCCUAAGUGGGGCCAGAUGGCCAGUGGCAUGUUGGGACACUGCCGCUCACUGAAGUACCUGUCCUGUAUCCCCUGGUUUUGACAGGACCACCGUUAGGGCUGAUGCACAUCUCUGCUUCUUACAGCAAGACUGUCCUUGACAGGGUCCUGUGCUAUGCCCCAGAUAGCCGUUUUGGAGGCUCUUGUAACCCAGAGGGGCUCUGGAGUUCCCCAACACAGUGUACAGCUCAGCAGCAUCCCUCUUCCCCGGCCUGGGGCAUCCAGGCGGGAGUGUGUGCCUUGGACACUAGGUGGCAGCAGUGUGACCAUGAUGCUGCAGGCAGUUCCCCAGUGAGGCCUAAGGAUAAACCCCAAGGCUGCUUUGUUUCCGGCAUAGAACACUCCUUUGAACUCCUGCUGUCCUCAGUUCUCAAAGGGCCACCCAGCCAGCUGGCUUAUGUGUGUGACCCUACUAAGGGGCACAGGUGCUGCCACUGGUCAGCUGUGUGAUCUUAAGCAAAUCUCAGCUGUAGAAGUGGGUUGAGGAAUGUAAGACAAGGGCCAUCCUGGAUUAAUGUUCUUCGUCUCCUUUAAGGUACUGUUGUAUAGUUUCUGCAAAGACUUGGGCAACCAGAGUCUGUGUUUGUAGUAGGCCAAGGUCCCUAGGGUGGGGUGGGAACAAGAAAAAGAGCUUGCAUACAAUGAGGGGAAUCUCAUUAGCCUGUUUUGAUUGGACUGUAUGAAUGUUCCCACUUGGACAAUAUGUCCUGGAGGUACCUGCAGACUGGAGAGGGGUCUCUGGACAGACCCCAGAACACUCUUACAACAUGUGUUCAGCCUUCAGCCUGACCCUUCUGUUGGGAAGGAAGCAAGGUGAUGUGGUUACAAUAGGACAAGGGGAACAAGCAUGUGCUGAAUGCCUGCUGUGUGCUCCGUAUUAGUUAGGCACUUCCAAAUACUUCUCUCCCAUAGUGGCAACCAACCAUGCAGGCUUUGGUUGGUAUAUUCUGGCUUCAGAUCCCGCGCUGCUGCCAUUUAUUAGCUGGGUGUUUUGGGGCAGGUUAAUCUUCAUGUUUCCUCCCUGUAAAUCGAGGCUUUAAAAUCUUGCUACGUGGGGACGCAGGAUGUAGGGGGCCUCUGUCAUAGAUGAUUAUGUGGAUUAAAGCACCUAGCAUGGUCCCUGCUGCAGAGUUAUUGUUGAAGCGUCACACUCCCCAGUAACUCUGUGGGCGGUGUAUUAUUCAUGUUUUACAGGCAUCUGACAGGAAGUGAGAAUCCUGAAAAGAUAACUGUUAUCCUAGAUAGGAAGUGCUGGAGGUUGUUGCCAUGGGGAUUAUCCUAUGUGCUGUAUGGCAUGCCCAUCCUUUGGGACAGGAAGGGGAAGACAAUAGAAAGGAGGGAGGAAAGGCUGAGUAGCAUUUGGAAUUCGAGAAUCAUGAAGGAGGAAAAAUAAACUUUUCUGUUAAUGGCUAUCAAAGAUGCUGCAACCCUGGGGCCUGGUUUAGCAGCCCAGAUCAUAGCACAUGCUCAGCCUUUGCCUCCCUUGGAGCCUGGAAGGGAAGCUCUCAUGGGGAUGUGCCCUGGGAGCUGAGCGCAGCCUUGUCCUUUGGAAACAGUCACAGUUUGGCUGUGGCUAUGGUGUUCACAGUCUCUGAUCCUCUAAGCCCCUUCGAGUGGGUGAGAAGGGGUACAGGGCAGGAAUCCAGAUUUCUACCCACAAUGUGGGCAGAACCCCAGGUGAAACCUGUGGGGAGAGCAGGGAAAUCACAGCUGUCAUGCUGAUGAAAGGGAAUGGCUGGGGUCACAGUCAUAUGUGAGUACAAGAGAGGCAGCCAAUGGUCCUGGGUUGGGGACAGGGGACACAGAAUGCAGGAAGGGCGAGGGCAAUGAAAGAACUGUCCUAGGCCUCCAAGUGAGUUGAGCCACAGUGAGGACCAAACCUCACUUGGUCUUGGCUGUGUGACUGAGAGGAGGAAGGAGGCAGACUUGCAGCUGGAGGUGGAGUGACAGUUACAGGUCACCUCCAUCGGGAGAAUAGGUGGGCUGGGCUGGGCUUCCUCAGAAAUGAGUCCAGGAGACAGGCCCAAGUAUGUGAAUGGAUUCAUUAGAAAGAAUUCAAGCACAAACUCAAAUUUGCACAAGAUUACCAAGAACACAGUUUUGCUCAGUGUUAUUUUUAGGAGAACAUAUAAUACACAGAGCUGUGUUCAUUUCUCCCCAAAAGCACUUUUCUGAGCUGAGUUAUAUUAAUAGUUUAGGAAUCAGAAGCCACUUGUUUCUCCUUCUGACACCACCAUUUUGAAAUGUCAUAUCAUAGGCACAUCACUCUCUCCCAGAGGUAAGGACUCCAGGGGAGGGUGAUGGGGCUUGGGCUGGCAAGGCCACGCCUACGGCACAACAGGAGUCUGUGUGCCCCGCAGUGACCUGAAGUGAGAGGUGGAGACAGGCUGGAGGGAGAGUCCCAUGCUGAAGCUCCCUGAUGCAAAAGUGGUAAAAAAAAAAAAAAAACCAUCCUUCAAAAAACAAAAACAAAAACAAAAAAACAAGGUAAUCCUGAAACGUAUUCCACUAAGUUUUUGGAUUUUUUUUAAAAGAUAAAAGUGUUUAGGAUUAUUGUAAAUCAGUAUUUAUAAACAAGCAAAAGUGUAUUUAGAAUAGUUUUGUUUACCUGAUUAAAUAUUUGCUUUUGGUACGUGUAUAGCUGUGGAAAUUAUGAAUUUGUUCUUUGACUUGUGGAGUUUUUUGGGGUGUCCCCCCUUUAUGCCUAAUUUUCUGUGGCCAUAUCCCUCUUUCUAGCCUCCCUUCCCAUGGGCUAAAAAGAGGAAGGGCUGACUAGGAAGGGGAUGAUUUUAGCAAAAUGAGGCGGGGAGGUGUCCAUACCACAGUCAACCUGGGUACAUCCUCCAAGCAUUUGUCAUAAUCUCCCCAAGGCAAUUCUAUUCCUGGAGUACUGUUCAAUGACUUCUCAGCAUGACCAAGAAAUAAAACUGUUAACCCAAGUUUUUAAAGGAGGUUCAGUGAAGAACAAUGUCAUGCCAUAAACAAAGGCAGAGGUGGGUGGGGUUACUACUGAGACUCAGAACCACCUCAGGGCACAAAGUGCACCCCCCUGAUCUAACCCCUCGCCUGCUACAACUGAAGUUAUAUUUUUUUUUGCCAAGUAGGUAUGUGAAUGCUAGGGUCCAGUGCUGAACUUUCUGGGGUCCCUUCUCCAUGAACACACACUGACGCUUAAAGUGGCUAGGCUUGUCAGCUCUGCCCGUAUGCGGUGUUUUCUCUCUGCUGCCUCCUCGACUGUGGUCUGGCCUGCUCGGCUCCUCUGAAACACCUAUCAUCAGAACUGCAAAACAGCUAAAGGAAGGGGACUUCAUUCCUUUGACAAAUACCAUUACAUUAAAUAACAGUUUAAGAGCAGUUGUGGGUUCCCAGCAAAACUGAGUAGAGUGUUUGGAGUUCUCAUAUACUCCCUGUGCCCUCAACCCUGACUCUCCCACUAUCAAUAUCCUGUGCCAGAGUGGACAGAUACUAUUUUGAUAUUCUUCUAGUAUUUUUCCUGCCAAAGGGGUUACUCCAUGACCCCACUAUCUUCUUGGAGUCUUUACUCUGUCAGUUCUCUGACACCAAUCUGUAGUGUAUUCCUGUUAGUGUUUUAUUACAAUGGAAGAAAUAAUGUCACAUUAUAUGCUUAUCAUAGUCAUUGUUUUGUAAAGAUUUUUAUCCUUCAUGUAGUCCUAAUGGCCCCUGGGACAUAGAUGGUUCAAGCUACUAUGGUUACUCUUAUUUUAGAGCGGGGGAGAACCCCAGAGAAGUCAGAUGGCUUGAGCACCUCACACAACUAAGAGAGGACUAGGAAGUAAGGCUGCGCUUUCUGGAAAUCAUGCAGUGCCCUCAUUUGGCUGAAGCUUGACUCUCUUUUCCUGUAUGAUCAGUGACCAUAUCCGCUGGUGUAGACACAUGCGUUCACCAUAACUGCUCAAUGGUACAGUCCAGCUGAACUCACUGACCCAACUAAAAAGUUAUUUAUUCUCUAUCCAAAAAUCAAACCUUCCAUCUCAGCAGCAAAUAUUCUUUGGUUUGCAGAAAUCCUGUGGGGAAGAGCACUCUCUGGUCUCUACAUGGGACAGGAAUGCUUUGCUUGGUUAUACCUAGGAGACCAUUCAAAGCCCAGCAGGAGAGAAGAGCAGUAUGGCAAUUUAGGAGAGGGGA